AUCUACCGGCAGCCAUUUUGUCUGUUUUUAUAUAAUUAGUAAUCGAGAAAUAAGUGAUGAAUGCAAGCCACCGUCACUGUGAAUAGUUACUGUACUCCCUCCAUUAAGUUGCGAAGCAUUUAUCACUCUCGUUCGCCUGGAUGGCAGCGCGCGAGGGUCAUUUCUGUGAGAGAAAACUGGAGUACCCGGAGAAAACCCACGUGAUCGAGCAGGUUAUGCCAAUACCUUUUCAGGUUAGAUCGCGGAAUCGAAGUCCGUCCGCCUAGGUGAAAGAUUAAUUAUAAAGACACUUUCAGUAUGGCUUCAAACAAAGAGGCUAUCGAUCUCCACAACGCGAUGGUUUUAAAGCUGAGUGAAAAUAUAACAGCUCCGGAGUUUCAGAGUUUAAAGUAUCGUCUUCUCGAAUAUCCACUUACCAGAGUGGAUAUAAAUGAACUAAAAACAGUACAGGAACUGUUUAAAUGCCUCAUGGAUGAAACCUACAUUAAUUUCGGAGACUACGGACAAUUAUUACCCAAACUGAUAGAAAUAAAUCCUUCACUGGAAUCAACUGUACUACAUUACACAAAAGAAAUCAACAAAAUAUUAAACCCGGAACCGGAAAUAGAUGACGCCAGUGCCGUGCACGUGGAAUCAUCUAGAAACCCUGCCUUGAAAGACAUCAAAGGUGAAGAUGGAACAGUGGCGCUGGAAGACAGGAUGGCUUCAGUUCCUGUCCGUAUUAAAGGUCAAACAAUUUGUAUCGACCAUGAAGGGAGUCAGCUUGAAAGUUAUUGCAAACAAUGCAAUGUACUUGUAUGUGCUAAAUGCAUACGGCAAAAACAUAGGAGACACUCCUUGAAUGAACUUUGCGAUGUUACUCGGGACAAAAAAGAAGAUAUUCAAAACUUUAUAGACAAAACGGAGAAAGUUGACCUUGUACAUAUUGACCAGUAUAUUACCUCCUCUAGUGAAAAUCUAAAGGAAAACACCAAAAUCUUUGAUGACCUUUCACAGAAGAUAAAAACACAAACUAACAAACUUAAAGAUGAACUUGACCUGAUGUGUGCUCAUACUGUAUCACGUUAUAAACAAAUGGAGGAGGAUAACGCCAAGUUGCUACAAACCUAUAAACAGAAUCUUGAAAUUAACAGAGCACAUCUCAAGCAAAAAGUGCAGGAAUGCAAGACAGUGAUUAAGAUUGGAACUGACGUGGAAAUUUACAUUGCAGGAUGUGAGAUUCAAACCCAUGUCACACUCUGUAUGAAACCAACCCUGGGCAUUGCUAGCUUCAGCCCAAACAGAGACCCCCAACAAUACCUUAAUACAGCCUUAGGCGAAGUGGAAAUCUCAGGUAAAAGUCCAGAAUCUCAAGGUGAUGAUCAGUCGAUUGAAUGCUCUUCUGAACACGUACUUUCCACUACAACACAGCGGUUAUUGAUGCAGUCUGUUCAACAGCAGUCAAAGGAAGGACAGGAAAUGCACAGUCCGAUAUACACCCUGUUGCCUCGGACCAAACUGCUGGAAGAGUGGAAGUGUCCAUUAAAGAUUUCUUCUGUAUGUCCGACCACUGGUGGUCAAACUUGGACCUAUUGCCAACCAAGUGAUGUGUUAAUUCUCCUCGACAAUAAGAGCAAUGUACUUCAAGAGGUUAAACACAGUUCUAGGAUUUGGGACAUCAGCCUGUCACCUGCAACCAACACACUGUGGGUCUGUGACUGGGAACAUGCCAUCACAGAGCUCGUGUCCGAACGACUUAUUCACAGAUUCCAAACAGAAGAAGCACCAGAGUGCAUAUGCAUCACAGCCAGUAACCAUGUCAUUGUGGGGAUGGAGAGCAAGAUCUCAAAAUUUACCCUAAAAGGUAAACUGGUACUUUCAAAAUCGGCUACAGGCACUGUUGAAACAACAGUGAAUUUACCAAACAAGGUGUCAGAGUGUCCAAUUACAUUUAAUCUCGCAGUAAUUUAUAACAAUAUGAAUAAUGACAGAAACCAUCAAGUCCUUGUCAUGGACGCGGAAUUUAAGGAAAUGUUCGUUUAUGAUAGUGAAAUUCCAGAUACAUACCGACGAACAUCACAGCCUGGACGUAAGGCAUUUUACCCCAGUGGUGUGGUGUAUGACAGUGCAGGUAAUCUAGUCAUAGGGGACUAUAACAACAACUGUGUCUUACUCAUCAGUGGGCAUGGUGAGUUCCUCAAGAUCCUACACACAGAUAGCUACUGUGUAGAUGCCGUUGGUUUAGGCAAGGAUGAUGUUCUAUGCACAUUAUGUAUGGGCAAAAAUGUCAAGCUACUCCAGUAUUACAGCGUGAUUUACCCUGCACGUAUUUUUGGCUAGACAUUUCUUGGAUUUCAGCCAUAGGUCCCUCAUGCUUUUAAAUGAUUAAAUAUUUUAAUGUUUGUUUCUAAGUUGACCUAUUGCUAUCGACUUUUGUUCGGCGUCGUAAAUCAAUUUACAUUUUCAACUUCUCCUCAAUAACAAAAAUACCUGAUAUUUAGUUUGUAGCAUGCUGGGAUAAAGGGCUACCAAGUUUGAUCAAUAAGAUGACCUUGAUCUUCAUUCAAGGUCGCCGGGGUAAAAUAUGCUAAAUUCUUUAAAUGGCUCAUUCUUGAUAACAAAAAGGCACAGGCCAAAAAUUAUGUCUGUAGCAUAUAUAGGUAAAGGCUAUAUAGAUUAUUCAAAUUCAAGAUCACGGGGUCGAAUAUGCUAAAUAUAUCAAAAUGCAGGUAUCUGUUACGGUCCUCUUGUUUAAAUGUAUUCGUUGGCCUCUGGAAAGCAGAAAAGUAUGAUUUCCGAAGCUUGAACAUUGGUUAUCGUAAAGGAAAGAAAUGCCCUUGACUUUUACUGUAUAUUGGAUUGUAUAUUGCUUUCUUUUAAGUCUAAAAAUAGUAUAUUAUAGAUGAUAACCAUGCUUCUGUAUACUGGUUACAUUUCCUUACAUUGUUUGAAUGUAUUUAUCUGUGAUAUUUUAUUACAUGUCCGUUAUCAUUUUUAUUAAUUCUGAGUUUGACCUCUUGGUCGCCUGAAAUAAAAUUGAAAAAUAAAGUAAAUUAAAGGACAUGUAAAAUUAUGCUGUGGAGCACUGCCCAUAAGCGUAAAUCCGGCGCCAUAUUCACCUUUUCACUAUCUUCUUAAUAGAGACCUGACGCCGCGCCAGUAGUAUAUUGGGAUACAGGGAUACCAUGUUUUAGAUACAUUAUUUUGGCAUGACUUCAUUGUUAAAGGGAAAUUGGAUUGAAAGUUUUAAUGUCUUCUUCCACAUUGAUAACAGACCCAGGGACAUAAAAUGGAGCAAGUCGCAUUGUGUUAUGACACGCUCCCAAUGUCUGUUCAAUAAAAUCUCAGAUGCUACCUCCCCGCGGGCAUUGCCAGCUCUAUGUCUAUUUUUGUAUGUGCCCGUGCACUAAUCGGACGUUGUGUUGUCAAUCUAAACUCAAACUGGUCGUGAGCAGUGAAGUUAAUUACGAACACAAAUUAAAUCAUAAAUGUAAAAACAACCUUUCAUCUGUUGUUAUCGUCAAUUAAAAAAAAAGAGUUUGCGUUGUCAGAUGUUAACAAAGCAAGUUGAAGUAUUCUGAGACGAGACGGGAGGGUUUUGAAAAAAAAGCGACACCGUGUUUUCUGAACAAUUCAAAUUGGGAAAUGAUAUUGUCGAUAUUAUACACAGUGAGCAAGUGGUUGAGGUUUGUAUACUUAGACGAAAUAAAACAAAGCAUUCAAACUAA